GCCUCCCCGCCUCUAGCGGGAGCUGUGCAGCUGCAGGCGCGUCCCCUCGCCAGGCCCAGCCCGCUUUGCCGUGGGGCUCGCUGCUGCUGCUGCUGCGCCAGCCCGGGACACGCGGCGCGAUGCUGGCUGCGCGGCUGCUGCGGGCCCCGCUCGGGGCAGCCUCCCUGCACAGCUCCGCCCGCCGCCUGCGCGGGGCCCGGGUGGCCGUGGUCUUAUCUGGAUGUGGUGUGUAUGAUGGUACAGAAAUCCAUGAGGCCUCAGCCAUUUUGGUUCACCUGAGUCGUGGGGGAGCUGAAGUUCAGAUGUAUGCCCCAGAUAUUCCUCAGAUGCAUGUUAUUGACCAUAGCAAAGGACAGCCAACUGAGGCUGAGUCAAGAAAUGUUUUAGUGGAAUCAGCAAGGAUUGCUCGUGGUAAAAUCACAGACCUGGCUAAACUUAGUACAAAGGACCAUGAUGCUGUGAUAUUUCCUGGUGGAUUUGGAGCUGCUAAAAACCUUUCCACCUUUGCUGUGGAUGGGAAGGAUUGCAAAGUGAAUGCAGAGGUUGAACGUGUCCUGAAGGAGUUCCACAAAGCUGGGAAACCUAUUGGCCUGUGCUGCAUUUCACCAGUGUUGGCUGCAAAAGUACUCUCUGGAGCUGAAGUUACUGUGGGACAUGAAGAAGAGGAAGGUGGGAAAUGGCCUUAUGCUGGAACUGCAGGAGCCAUUAAAGCACUCGGAGGAAAACAUUGUGUGAAAGAAGUAACUGAAGCUCAUAUAGAUGUGAAUAACAAGGUGAUAACUACCCCAGCAUUUAUGUGUGAAACAGAAUUACAUCACAUCUUUGAUGGUAUUGGAACCAUGGUAAAAGGUGUGCUGAAAUUAAUAGGCAAAUGAAGUGGCUAACUGUAAUAAUAGUAAUCUUUAGAAAAUAAAGCGCACAGUACUGGAAAUAUCAAGCACCAAUGGAAAUGUAUUUCCCCUGUUUGUCCUAUUGGCACUUUUAUAAACCACAGAAAUAAAGUCUGAUUCCCAGCUCUGUCCAGAUGUUGCAGAAAUGUUUGCUACAUAAAUGCAUUGGUUUCCAAACACAUCCUAUCAAAAGAGUCUGCUGACUAGCUUAUCCUGUAAUCUAAAUAAUGUUUUGGCAUUGGGCACUUGGUGAGGGUUGUGUGAGAAUGUUCUGAGACCAGCCAGUAUACUAUUCCAACAAAAAAAAAAUCCUCUUUGAAAAAUACUAGGGACGCAAAUGAAAACGCAACAACAAGAAUACUGUGGGAGUCAGAAUAUUGGGAGCAGCAGCCUGAGCAUAGGGCUGGAUAUGAAAUUGCUUUGCAGAACUCACAAUUCUGUUUCAGAGGCUGUGGAUAGUGUGGUUGAAAUGCACCAGUUAAAUUGUGAUUGCAAGGAGCAGAUAGAUACAGCUGCUAUAGGACUGACUGCCAUUCAAAGGUGAGGAGUAAAGAUACUACUAAUCCUUGUGAGGAAAGCUAUGUUAAAAUUCAUUCUUGGCUAGUCAAGCUGCCUGUGGGUAUGUGAGUCUGAACUUUGGCAUUAAGAAAUUGCUGGAAUCUGGGGACAGAGACAUUUAUGAGGCUUGAGCUGUAGGGUUACACUUGCCCCUGUGUUUCAAGCACGACUACAAUAGUUUGCUGAGUAUUCCAUUAUUUCCUAUGUCCAUGAGGUAAAGUCAGGAUCAGCUUUGAUGUAACCAAUGGAAACACUCGUUUCUAUCCCCAAGGGUUAACUAAACAUUAAUAAAAAUAUUGUGUUGGAUGGUCCUUCUUUUCAUGGCUUUUUCCCCCUGUUUUUAAAGGUGUGCUUUUUCCAAAUAUGAAUAAAUCUGUAUGUCAAGAGCAGGACACACUUUAUUGUAAAUACCCUAGCAUUUUAAGAUUUCUUUCAUAAUUUAACCACAGAACAGGAAUGGGCCUUUUAUAUCUAAAAGAGGGUUUGAAACAAGGAGAAAGGAUCAGCUGUGGUGCCUUGCACAUUUUAAAGGCAUCUUUCACAUUCAUGUAGUUACUUACCAGAAAUGGGUAACAGGCUGACUGCACUGCUAUUACCCCUCUCCCUUUCCAGACUAACAGAGCUUCUUCUGUAGAAAUAAAACCAAAUGUAAGAAGAAGAUAUAUAAAUUAAAUGUUGUUCGGUUAUUUUUUUACCUCUUCCCCGCAUCUCUUUAUCAUUGAAUAUUUGCAUUUGAAGGAGCCUUUACUAAUUCAAAGUCCAACAAUAUUCAGCAUUUUGUCUCUUUCCUAAAUUUUGUCUUGUUCACUUGUUUUUAUUUCUCUUCCUACCCCAUUAUAGACCAACACAGCAUUCUGUUCCUUGUAUUUUCUUUGAGUGCCAAGUCAUCUUUCUUUUUCUCUAUUCACAGAAAAAUAAUGUUGACAUAACAGAGUUUUAUAGACAAGUAUCAUGUUCCAAAUACACUGUGUUUUAAUCAACUGGAAUUUUAAGACAUGUACGUGAAGUCAUUUUUCAAGAGUCCCAAUAUUUUGUUGCUUUUAUGAUAUUAAAAGAUGACAACAAGGAUUUUGAGGAUGUUUUUGCCAGCACAUAUUCUAAUUUGUAAUGAUGUGAAUAUACAUUGUUCUAAAUUAGUUUUGAUGCGGCUACAGAAAAUUUCUGUAUGUGGUUUUAAUGUUUCAAUUAAAAGUGGUUCUUAUAUAUUUAAUGAGCUUCAUUUAUAUUUUGAUUUGGUCUGAUUUAAGGUUUAUUGCAUAAUAUCGUAUUGAGGUCUCAUAAAUACUUUCUGUGCCCUUGUCUGGAGAGCAGUGGGGAUUUAAAGAUAUUUUUCCUUGAUUAAAAAAAGAUGAUUAGUUUGAUGUUUUUUUUAAAAAAAAAACUAUGUUCUUAUCCUUGUUUAAUCAGUGCUCAUGUAAAAAGAAAAAUACUCUGGAAGAGAUUUUUUUUCUCUAUUAAGAGCAAUUAAAAAAUACAGAACAUUUUGGUCUCAAUGGUACAUGUCUAUUGUGAGUUGAGGUUUUGUAAUUGCACCACAAAAAUAUUCACUUUUCCCAUUGAUAUCUUUAAUACUGUAGUCAAAACUGUGAGCUUCAAUAGUAUCCUUGAGGGAGAUUCUCAUGAAGCUAAAAACUAAUUAUAUCAUUAAGUGUGUUUGGGUGGAGAUUAGUAAACUUCUUGUUUCUCAGAAUUUGUUACAAUGCUGGGUUUGUGUGUGUAGGAAAUUGUCAGCCAUCAAAGGAAUAAGAAAUGAAAUGUAAGACAUUGUUUCCAUGUAGUCGACUACAAAUAAAGGCUGCUUCCAUAUGUUUCUCUUGUAAA